GCGCAGAUCAGGGAUAAGACUGAUCAAUCAUUGACAAUUACACUCAUUGGGCGAACCUUUGCAGUCCCUUUUCCCGGUUAUAAACCGACCUAUCAGAAUCUCCAGCUCAUUCAAAACCAGGUCCCCAUCAUGAAUAACAAUACUGAUAUCGUAUCUAGCAGGUCCUAUGCAAUAUCUUCUCUUCCCCACACCGACCACUUGUUGCCUAGAUCACAAUUCCCUCCUAUGCUACUCAUCAGAAUAUGCCGUCGAUAGAGGGAGGACUCGACAAAAUAAACAUGCAGCAGUCGCGCACACGAGGACAUCCCCUUUCCCUAAAAAUCAUAUGCUUCAAACGCAGCUGCUCCUCCCUUCGACCCCUUCUAUCCUCUCUCGAUAUCACGUGUAGCAACCCUAUCGAAUACAAAACCGUACUAAAUGACCUCCCAGUACUUCAGGAGCUUCGAGUUGACAUGAUGGACAGUGCUAGUAUUCACAGGUGCACUCUACCCAUCUCCCGACUCUCCGCUCUACGUACUCUUGAGUUCAAAGGACUUUCCAGGUUCAACUUCGCCUCUUUACCCGUCCUCAACCCCAUAUGGGCACACCUGUCAAAUCUGACACUCGACUCAUACGAGCAAGGCGCUGUAAUACGCUUGCUCCGUCUUGCUCCCGACCUCUCCUCAUUAACAAUAUGCUUACUCUUAUGCUAUGAAUUUUGCCCAGGACCAUUCACUCACACCAACAUUCGAUCCUUUUCCAUCAAAGCUAGCCAAGGUCGUUUUCGCACCUGUUCAAGGCACGCGCUUCCAAAUGAUCCAGUGGCUAUCUUUCUUAAUGUGCUCACACUCCCCAAUCUACGUGUGCUUGCCGUUGGCACAAGAUCCUGGACCGGUGAAGAGCUGAGGGGUGUUAGGAGUGGUACGGUCGAAAUGGCUAUUGAUAUUGAAGCUUUAGUUGAAGAUGGGCACUCGAGACCGCGAUACCGAUUGGCGAGCAAGAUUAGUGAGCAGGACAGUUUUUGGCUUUGGAUGACCUAUAUUUGCCACGUUUAUGCUGUGUUUUUCGCAAAGGUAUACUUUUCCGUUAUCCAUCAUCCGCUCUGUAAAGUAAUGGUCGACUUCCGCAUGUGGAAGAUGCAAUCAAUGUGCCUGGUCUCAGAAGCCUGCGACAGCCAUAUCUAGGAACAUUGCAGAAAGAUAAAGCCAGAAACUGUCGAGUGAAUCAAACACAAUUGCAUAACACGGAGGUGUACUAAGCUGAGAUCCGCAACGAUGUCCCUCAGAAGACCCUCGCCAGUUGUAAACUACCCAUGAAUUGGGUCAAUUCGAAGUUCCUGGAGUGCCGGGAGGUCGUUUAACAAUAUGUCAAGU